AUGGUGAAUAAACUAACAAUUUAUGAUAAAGCUCAGGAAGAUUUGCAUGAAGUAGACAUCUACCGCGAUACCGCAAUACGAUUUCUUGGCUAUGCCAAUGAAAUUGGCGAAGCAUUUCGUGCAUGGAUACCAGCAAAUGCAGUACGAUUAUCAUAUGUUGUUGCAAUGGGCUACGUUUUUUCUGACACAGCUGACAAAAGUCGAAAGACUUAUCAGUUGAAUUAUCUGAACAAUAAGGAACGGUCUCGAGCCGUUGCUUUCCGAGCCAUCGAUACAUUAAUCUGGCAAAGUUUGGCAUCUGUUGUCAUCCCAGGAUUUAUGAUCAAUCGUGUUUGUUAUUUAUCCACUAAACUGCUUAGCUGGUCAACAAAGUGGCCAUUGAAAAUACAAAAACUUACAUCAACACUACUGGGAUUAUGUACUAUCCCAUUCAUCGUGAAACCAAUUGAUACAGCUGUUGAGAUAGGUAUGGAGUCUUCAAUAAGGAAGUUCUAUUCGGCGGGAAUUUACGAAAAGUAG